AUGACACGAUUUAUAAUAAGAAUGAUGGCCAGUGACUUGGAAGUCGACCCAUUAGAAGACAGUUACGAUGAAGACUUGAUAAAUAUCGACCUUCCUUCAAAAUAUGAAAAAUUUGAUAUAAAACAUGGUCCAAUCAUUAAAGAUGAUAGUUCUUUCGAUUGCACUUUAGGAAAUCCACGAAAAAUGGAAAAAUUAGAAGCAAUAUUUUUGGUCGGUGGCUUUUGGCAAUCGUCAUAUCUGUUUGGAAAGAUCAAAGCAAACUGUUCUCAAAAGUUCCGUUUAAUAUGUCAACCAGAAAGUGGGCAGCCAGCCAUUGUCUGCGGUGUUGUUUUAAUGGGAUUAAAUCCUUCACUAGUUAAACAACGAGUAAUUCGUCGUACAUACGGAUACCAGUACGCAAUGGAAUAUGACGAUGAGAAAGAUAAAGGAAGACCGAAAGUGAUGUACGAAAAUGGCAAGACCCAAUGUAAUGGCAGGUUCCAUCAGUAUGCCAAAAAAGGAGAUAUCCAGGACAUACGUUACUACAGCGAGGCAUAUUUUACAAUCUCCUAUGAUAACCAACCAUCAAUACAUUUAUUUGCCUAUGAUGGCGACAUAAAUAAUAAAGGUAUAAUCGGUGUUGGGAACAUCAAAACGACUCAUAGUCAAUACGAGAGAUCAACAAUUCCUGAAGAUAGUGGAAAGAUUGGCAUCCAAGGAACCAUUCUAGAAUAA